GGCAGCCGGAGCGGUGCGGCCGGUCGGUGCGGAGACCCAGUCCGGACGCCAGGCGGCUGCCGGCGCGCGCGGCGCUUCCCCGCUCCCUCCUCCUGCCGCGGCGCCUGCGGCCGCGGGCCGGCUCUCCCCGCCCGGGACACGCUCCGUGGGUCGCGGACCCAGAGCCCGCGGCGUGGGGAUCGCGCGUCCCUCCCCGCGGCUGGCGCCCGGCACGCAGUCCCUUCGCCCGGGCAGAUCGCGCCCGCUCCCCGCCCGACGCUGAGACGUUCGCUCCGGCGCCUCCCGGCCCGGCGACCGAGACCAGAACCCAGCUUAGUUGUUCCCUGAGGCCGGCCGUCUCUGCCGAGUGGAAACAAAAUGUCAGUCAGCGUGCACGAGAACCGCAAGUCCCGGGCCAGCAGCGGCUCCAUCAACAUCUACCUGUUCCACAAGUCGUCCUACGCUGACAGCGUCCUCACCCACCUGAACCUCCUGCGGCAGCAGCGCCUCUUCACCGACGUCCUCCUCCACGCGGGAAACAGGACCUUCCCCUGCCACCGCGCCGUGCUGGCCGCCUGCAGCCGCUACUUCGAAGCCAUGUUCAGCGGCGGCCUGAAGGAGAGCCAGGACAGCGAGGUCAACUUCGACAACUCCAUCCACCCCGAGGUCCUGGAGCUGCUGCUCGACUACGCGUACUCCUCCCGGGUCAUCAUCAACGAGGAGAACGCCGAGUCGCUCCUGGAAGCCGGCGACAUGCUGGAGUUCCAGGACAUCCGGGACGCCUGCGCCGAGUUCCUGGAGAAGAACCUGCACCCCACCAACUGCCUGGGCAUGCUGCUGCUGUCCGACGCGCACCAGUGCACCAAGCUCUACGAGCUCUCCUGGAGGAUGUGCCUCAGCAACUUCCAGACCAUCCGCAAGAACGAGGACUUCCUCCAGCUGCCCCAGGACAUGGUGGUGCAGCUGCUGUCCAGCGAGGAGCUGGAGACGGAGGACGAAAGGCUCGUGUACGAGUCUGCAAUUAACUGGAUCAGCUACGACCUGAAGAAGCGCUACUGCUACCUCCCCGAGCUGCUGCAGACGGUGAGGCUGGCGCUCCUGCCCGCCAUCUACCUCAUGGAGAACGUGGCCAUGGAGGAGCUCAUCACCAAGCAGAGGAAGAGCAAGGAGAUCGUGGAGGAGGCCAUCCGGUGCAAGCUGAAGAUCCUGCAGAACGACGGCGUGGUCACCAGCCUCUGUGCCCGGCCUCGCAAGACCGGCCACGCCCUCUUCCUCCUGGGAGGGCAGACUUUCAUGUGCGACAAGCUGUACCUCGUGGACCAGAAGGCCAAAGAGAUCAUCCCCAAGGCCGACAUCCCCAGCCCCAGGAAAGAGUUCAGCGCGUGCGCCAUCGGCUGCAAAGUGUACAUCACCGGGGGCCGGGGGUCCGAGAACGGGGUCUCGAAAGAUGUGUGGGUGUAUGACACCCUGCACGAGGAGUGGUCCAAAGCCGCCCCCAUGCUGGUGGCCAGGUUUGGCCACGGCUCUGCGGAGCUGAAGCACUGCUUAUACGUGGUCGGGGGCCACACGGCCGCCACGGGCUGCCUCCCCGCCUCCCCCUCCGUCUCCCUGAAGCAGGUGGAGCACUAUGACCCCGCGACCAACAAGUGGACCAUGGUGGCCCCGCUCCGAGAGGGCGUCAGCAACGCGGCCGUGGUGAGCGCCAAGCUCAAGCUGUUCGCGUUCGGCGGCACCAGCGUCAGCCACGACAAGCUCCCCAAGGUCCAGUGUUACGAUCAGUGCGAGAACAGGUGGACGGUGCCGGCCACCUGCCCCCAGCCCUGGCGUUACACGGCGGCCGCCGUGCUGGGGAACCAGAUUUUCAUUAUGGGGGGAGACACGGAGUUCUCCGCCUGCUCCGCGUACAAGUUCAACAGCGAGACUUACCAGUGGACCAAGGUGGGGGACGUGACGGCAAAGCGCAUGAGCUGCCACGCCGUGGCCUCCGGGAACAAGCUGUACGUGGUGGGCGGGUACUUCGGCAUCCAGCGGUGCAAGACCCUGGACUGCUACGACCCGACGCUGGACGUGUGGAACAGCAUCACCACGGUCCCCUACUCCCUGAUCCCCACCGCGUUCGUCAGCACCUGGAAGCACCUGCCUUCCUAAGCGCGGUGCGUCCCACAGGGAGUGAGCGGCACGAGCUCAAGAAGUGAUUUCUGUUUUGGAGAGGCCAAAUUUAAUGAAGGGAAAGGAGGAAAAAAAAACACAAAAGAAGAAGAAGUUGCUACAAGACCUGGAUUGUACGAUUGGCUGCACCUUGUAAAUGCUCCAACUGGACAUGAAGGAAGGGGGUGGGGGAGGGGUGGGAUUUUCAGUGCAAGUAGCACAUGGUUUAAAUAUGAAUGAAUGAACCUGUGAUCUAGUCCUUGUCUUGUAAUUGUGGAUUAAUGUCAGCAUUAAUCAGCCCCUCAAAGGGAGAGAAAAGCCGGGCCCUUUCCCUUGCUGUACCAUAUUCAGCGUUUGAUUUCCAUAGGCUCCACCAUUUAUGUGUAAAAUUUGAAAUGGUUGUCACCUCUCUCUGAGGAGCAAGCUUGAAGCCUCCUCGCCAGCUGCCGUUGGAGAUUGAAAGCCCGACUGGAGGGCCGGGAGAGAAGCUGGUGCUGGCUGCAGAGGAGCCCUGGGCCCGCCAGUCUCCGAGGGGCUGUGCUCCCCACAGGAAGGUUCUGAACAAUGGGGGCGUUGUUGGUAGCUGUUCGGUAGACGAUCUUUUCUAUUUAUAAGUGACUUUAAGCUUUCCCUGGGCUGGUAAGAAAUGUGUUAUAGAUUUAGCUAUUUAUUGUUUGAUGCCUGCAUGCUGAAAACAAUGCUUACAGUUGUGUUCACGUGUAUGGACGUGUGUGAUGGUUGUAGGUUUUGCACAAUUUUUUUUGUGGCUGUUGUGAUGUGCUCUGCUGCACAAAAAGGAAAAACUUUGGAGUUACAGUUUGCAAUAUAACUGGAGGGUGGGAUGGGAGGGUGGGGGUUGUUUUGUAAAUGUCAAGACAGGGAAGGAUUACAAAACAGAAACUUAAAUUACACCCAGGAGGUAGGGAAGGCAUGGAGGUCACAUUUCUUAGACUUGCCAACUUCUCAUGGCGUCUCAUGGGCUCUGGGCAUGCUGAUGGCUCCUGGGGCGAGGGAAGGCUUCUUUCUGCCCCGUUUUUUCCCACCUGAGUCACCUCCUUCAGUCUCGGCUACUGAAAUUUGGAAAGGACCAAAUCUCUUUGCAGGUGUUUUUUCUCUUCUUCCCUCUCUCCCCCCUUUGUGUAAUGUCCUGAAAUCCUGGAAAAUUCUAUGGAAUAAUUCUGUAUAUAGGGCACAGGUGAAGACAUAGUCCGAAGUUUAUAUAUUUAUUUAUUUAUUACCCUGAGAGAAGGCUUUGCCAUAACCACAGUUAACGGGGGGAAGACUGCAUUAUCACCAUCAUACAUUAAUUCAGUCGCCCGAUUUGCUGGACCUGGAUUCGUUGUUCUUGCUGUACCACUUAGCAAGUGUGACAAUGUCCUCCAAGACAAUGUGAACAUUAGUCCAAUGUAUGCCCAGUGCUCACCUGCAGGCAAGUCUCCGAAAGAACUCUUUGGUGCACACAACGGACACACUUGGUCACGAGACACCAAAGAAUUGUGAGUGGUGGCCGCUGUUGAGAUUUUCCGGGAUAGUUGGGAACUGGUUGUGAAUACAUUCUUUGCUAGUUUGUGGGCUUUGUUUACGAAACUAAACACGUGCUGUGAUAGGUGUUAGUAUUAGACUCGAAGAGGCACUUCCUCAGAGGUGUCUGGGGAAGACUGGAGUUUGUUAACUCUGGCCCUGCUUUCAUUGAUGUUCCUCACGUUACUGUGCUUUAGAAAAUAAGGUUUAAGAUGGAUAAGAACCCUUUACAUUGUGAGUGUGUUUGCACUGUCUAAUGACAGAUCAAUCCUUAACAUUUCUCUGCACCUGGAAACUUUAGACUAAUUGUGCACGCCCGUCCAUGCCAUGAGUACGUGGGCUGUAGUUGGACCAAAAUACAUGAGCCGUUGGAAUAAAAGCAUCCCAGUACUCUGGCAGUCAGUCUUUCGCUCUUAGAUGUGUUGUAAGCAAUGCAAAUGUCUAAUUGUACAAUGGCGGCAUGCAUAGGGGUGGCGCUGUAUUGUAGCAGUUACAGCUCUGUAGUUUGUGAUGCAAAUAGGCUGAGAUGUGUGUCCCUGCAUGGCUUCUGAAAGCAGGAUGAAUUUUCUACAGCUGUUUCAGAGUUGUGGUCUGUCCUUGAAUCCUCUAUUAAUUACUGUGUGCGAGCCAGAGGGAGCAGAGGGAGCCGUGGUCAGGGUGGGCCCCCAGCCUGCAGGGAACUUUCUGGACUCCCGCUCUUUGGAUUGAUGUAGGCGUUGGGCUCCCUACUUGACCAUUCUCACCCUGUGAAACGUCCCACACUUUGAAGCAAAUACAAUUCACACCACAGUGCACACAAAAACCUUGGCAUAAGACCGAGAAGGUUCUUCUCAUUCUGCGGACGGGUUGCUGUGGAAACGGAUCACAAAGGGCAGCCUUCCACUUCUGGUGUAAUUGUGUAGCCCCCUUUUCUCUGGGCUUGACACCUGUCUGAAUAAGAGUGAUUAGAGCUGAAUAAUAUCCCUCUCGUGGCUAUUGAGUAUGUGGUUCACGUACAGAACUCUGUGUCAGUUGAAGAAGUGAAGUGUUCAUGUUCAUAUGUGCUUGUUUUCCUGCUUCUACAUUUUUGAGGUUUUGUAAAACUUAUUUUUUUUUUUUCACAAUGUGAAACUGAAGGUCAAAUAAAUUAUUGGAGAUUUUCUCUUCA